AUGAAGCUAGUCAUUGGAAACACACACAACACCAUUUAUCAAGGGAUUGCAACAAAAAACUACUAUCCAACUAAACAACAAAUAUUAAAAAGCUUAGAAUGGUCAUAUCUAUAUAAUCAGCAAUACACUAAAAGAAGAUUGAUUAAGAAAACAUUACAGUCAAAUAUUCUUUUAAAUAGAGGUUUGUGCAGUGUAACUGAAGCAAAGUGGAAUAAAGAAUCAAAUGUUUUAAAUUUAUUCCCAAUUAUUAAAACAUUCUUGGGAUAA